CUAUCUCUGUGAUUGUAUAUUGAUCUUUUGUUCUUUUUUUAGUCUUUGUGAUGUUGCUUAGUGAGUUAUUUUUUGGCAUGCUUUGUGAUGUUGCUUAGUCUUCGUGACUUAAGAGUACUUAGUGAACUCUCCACCACUACGUGUGUUCUCAUUUGUUGAUUACACAUUUAGUGGUUAUUAGGCUAUGAUGAGUCCUGUGGUUCCUUGUCAAACUAUGUGCACUACUUUGGGCCAAAGGUGGAGAUUGUUAAUUUAUUUGGGUUGGCCCAAACAUAUUAAUAAUAUUUGACACCUAACCCAGCAGCCCAUUUACUUAAAGCCCAACCUUUAUUCCUAACCUAAUUAAGCUUACCUUAAUUAGCUCCUAAAUCUCUACCACCCUCCGAGAACGUGCCUGAACGUGGGAACACGUCGUUCUGUCCCCUGCAACUUAGUAUAUAUACUGCUGUAAACCUCAGAAAGGGGGAUCCGAAUUCAUUCUCUCUAAACUCCCUUGUAAAAGCACCCGUGCAUUCUCUUAUAUUAAUAUAAUUGGACUACAGGUUUUUCCACCUACAGUCCUACCGGUCAUUUGAGUGUUUUUACCUUCUUGCUUUAUCAAAUCAAGUGAACUAUUCUAGACCCAGUCUAGUAUAGUUUACCCGGUUAGGUAAUUUACACCAUCAAUAAUUGUAUCAGAAUGUUAAACUUUUAAACUAUAAACAAGCUUGUGCAAAACAUUGGGUUAAAAAAUGAACGGAACCGAAAUCGAAUAUCCUAAUCGACAAACAACAACAACAACCCAGUUAAAUCCCACAAGAGUAGGGUUUGGGGAGGGUGUGUGUACGCAGACCUUGCCCCUACUCGAAAGUAGAGAGGCUGUUUCCAAAGAGACCCCCGGCUCAACGUCGAAAGUUGCAUUGUUUGACUAACUGCUACUUCAUUCAUUAAAGAAGCGCAGACAAUUUAGAGAUCCAUUUUGAUUUAUUCUAUCACACCCCAAAGCCAAAAAAUGGUGAAAUUUUGGCUCCAUCGGAGAUGAUGGAAAAGAAUAUCCUAAUCGAAUUGUCCAAAAUCGAAAUGAUUGGAAAAGUAAAGGGAAUUUGAGAUCCCAAUCCUAAUAGCCCCAAGGCUUAAAAAUGCAAAAAAAAAAGGCCGGGCUUCAAGAUUAUUUCCCGGGCCGGUCUUGACCCGACCCAAGGUCUCCAUUUAUAUAUAGGUGCCUACCUCUCAGAAUCACAUCAGAAAUCAUUCAUCUUGAAGGGUUGAAGAGAGCGGGCGCGCGAGAGAGAGAGAUUCGAAGAGCGUUUUCCGGUAAUUCAUUCGGCUGAUGGGAAAAAGUAUGGGAAGAAUAGUGAAGAGGUCUAGGGUGCAAUCCAGGACUGUAUGUGCACAUCCAGGUUUCAUGUGUGGUAUGUGUAUAGAGUGUGGUGAGACGAUGGAAGACGAUGACUCAGGGGUUUCAUUUGGUUAUAUGGGCAAGAAGUUGAGGCUGGCUGUUGAUGAGGUUGCUAGGCUCCGCGAGAAGGACUCGAAGAACCUGAUGCAGUGCAAGAAACUUUGUUUGGUUCUUGAUUUAGAUCAUACACUGCUGAAUUCAACUAGGCUCUCUGACAUUUCACCCAAAGAAGAGUACCUAAAACAUGCCAUUCCUGAUGCUUUGGAAGGAAGCUUAUUUAGGCUGGAAAGGAUUCAUAUGAUGACAAAGUUGAGGCCAUAUGUGCACAAGUUUUUGAAGGAAGCCAGCGAGUUAUUUGAGAUGUAUAUACACAAUGGGUGAACGGCCUUAUGCGCUUGAAAUGGCAAAGUUGUUGGACCCAAAAGAUGUGUACUUCCAUUCAAAAGUGAUUGCACAAGGAGAUUUAACAGUGCGACAUCAAAAGGGCCUUGACAAUGUUUUAGGACAAGAAAGUUCUGUCUUGAUCCUUGACGAUACUGAAGCGGUAUGGGGAAAGCACAAGGGGAAUCUAAUAAAAGUGGAGAGAUAACAUUUUUUUUGCUUCAAGUGUUCGCGGUUCGCCAAUUCCGCCUUGAUUGUGAAUCGCUUUCACAACGUUGUGUUGAUGAAAGCGAAGAAGAAGGAGCACUUGUGGCCAUUCUCAAGGUUCUUAAGAGAAUCCACAGUAUAUUCUUUGACCAGAAACAUGGAGACGAUAUGCUGUAGACUGAUGUGAGAGAGGUAAGAAGUGAUUUGGAGCAGUCCUGUAUAAGUCAUGUAGGGUUGCUGAUCGUAUCAGCAAGCAAAAUAAGCCCUUUCUGGUUCAAAUUGAGCUGCGAAAUAAGCAAGUCAAAAGUUAUUUCACACACACUACUUGCUCUUGUUUGGGAGUUUGACACACGUAUCACAGACCUUUCAUUUAUUUUUCUUUUGCAUAUAAGGAAAGUGGGAAAAUACUGAGGAACUGGAAUACUGGACAAAUUAAUACUCAUAAAAGUGAACAAAUUCUGAGGGACACCCCGAAAAGGAAUGCUGGACAAAUUACUACGAUGUACUCUAUACUACUCUGUUCGUCCCUAAAUAUUUGUCGAGUAUUCAUUUUCGGGACUUCCCUCAGUAUUUGUCAACUUUUCUUAUAUGGAAAAGAAAAAUAAAUGAAAGGCCUAUUA